AAAAACCAAGUCCCUCCCCUUCUAGUUCAUUCCUGGAUUUGUUCUGAGGUCUUUUGUCUCUGAAGAGUGACCGUCGAGGACUUUGAACAUCCUAAUUCAAAAAUCUAUUUUUUUUUCUUCAAGUAAUGGACAUUUGAUUACUAUUUUUGCCUCCAGUUUGUUCCAGAAGGAAAAGCUAGCUUUUAGCUGCCACAACCCCGCCCAUAAAACCAGUUUUUCCAGCCAUAAGAUUGUUAACGUUAUAAAACAUGACGGUUAACGAUAUAAAACUGAUGUAACAAGAGAUCUGUUGCUGUAAAGCACAAUAUAAUAUAGUUACCCGAGACGCUGAGGAGAGGUAUUUAUAGUAAGUGUUGAUUUUCAAACCAAUCUGAACCUAACGUUAAAUUCAUUAAAUUAGAAAUUGUUUAGUCGUAGCUAGAUUUAGCCUAGGUCUGCUAGCUGGUCUACGUACGGGGCUAACUAGUUCUUUGCAGCGAAAGCUAACGCGUUAGUUUAUGAGCUCACACAGGAAAGUCUGCGGAGUGGAAACGCUCCGUUUCUUUGUGUGUGAGACGGAUCAAAGUAAACUAUAUAACAAAUGUUUAAGCUAAUCAUAAGCAAUCUAUUCAUAAAGAUUGCCGUAGGUUUAGGUAGGAAAUAUUUUUACCUAUGAAUCUGGAUUUUUUUAUGUUUAAAAAAAAUAUGCUGUAUUGAUAGGGGAGAGAUCCUUGGAAUUUACACCUACCGCAAUCUAUACAUAAAGAUUGCUUAGAUUGAGGAUUACGGACUACACUGGAAAAAUGGGUUAUUUGUGGUAGUUGUUUGCUACGCAUGACAUUGUAUCGUCGAUAUCAUUAGAGCAGGAAAUACAUUUCCCCAGGUGUCCGAUAUUUAUACGGCAAUCUGAGGAUAAAGAUUGCAGGAUGGAAAUGUUAAUUCGAAAUAUUGUACAAGGCAGACCGGUUUCGUUGGAAUUACAUCAAAAUGGCGGGCUCGUUGUCGUUUUGUCCUUUCAGAACACUCGAGGCAAUAAUGGCUAUAAUGUUUUUCUGGAGCGACAGUCAGUAGUUGAGUUCCCUGAAUAACGGAACGAGUUUCUUCUUGAUGUGUCGGUAUCGCAUUUGUAGCGGUUGUACUUCGCUACCUUCCGUUGUUUUUUGUAACUAGUAAAUGAUCCUCCGGCGGUGCUAAUGUGUCAGUAGGCUAGCUGUGUUGUGGCGGAUGUAGCUGGCAUACAUUGUUCUUUAUGUUCUCGAGGCUGUGGCAGCCACGAAGCAGUUAACAAAAGAGGGCAGGGCCUAGAUGAAUUUUCCGUGGAUCACGGGUUAGUCUCCCCCUCCGUCCUAAACCCCCCUAGCCAGAACUAGAGUCAUUGAACAGGAUCGUUAUUCUAGGGUAGGGCGUGCAAUGCAAUGACCGAUGCGGAGUUUGUCUUAAAGGGCUGCCGACUGCGUGAUAUUCGAUUAUAUAACUACCAUCGUCUGAAUGAAAGGCAUAUACAGAUUAAUUUCAUUAUCUACAGUCUGUUCUUUCCCAAUGUAUUUUCUAUUUAUGACGGUAGUAAUUUAUUUUAGGAAGAUCUGAUUAGUGUAGGAUAACAAAGGCUGAGUAGAUGUAUGUAAUUAACCCCAUAGGACAAAAUUAUUUAUUUUAUUUAGUAAUGAUUGUCAACCAGGGAUAAGGCCAUUUUAUUAUGUAAACAAAAAAUCACUUGGUAUAGGCAGGGCUUUGAGCUAUUGUAACAGAAGGAUUUGUUACAUUCUAGCUAAACGAUAACGGGUGUUACUCUUCAACUGCAUUGCCAUAUAUUUGAGUAAAUACACCAAAGCCAUUUUAUGUGUGUAUGAACAUUAAUUUACUUGACAUCUAUUCCCCCAUUGAGUUGUUCUUUACUAAGCUCAUGUCUUACCAAUAACUUAUUUCGAUUGACUUUGUGUGCAUGUGUAACAGUUGUGACAUUUUCAGGAGUUGUGUGUUAUGUCCCGUGUUGUGGAGUUCUGAGACUAUAUAAAACUUCUACUACAACAGUUAAACGGAGCGGAGAUGGCGGUGGGCCCGGUGGACCCCAGAGAGGUCCUGAAGGGAGUAGAGAACCUGCUAGGGAAAGAUGGAGAACUCCGCAGCCUGGAGGGAGUCACCAAAGUCUUCAGUCUCAUGAAGGCCUCUCACAAGAUGGUGAGCAGGUGUAUGUACCUGAAUAUCCUACUGCAGACCAAGUCCCACGACAUUCUCAACCGGUUUAUCCGAGUGGGAGGAUACAAGCUGCUGAACACGUGGCUGACCUACUCCAGGACCAGCACCAACACCCCCCUGUUACAGCUCAUCCUGCUGACGCUGCAGAAACUGCCCCUCACUGUAGACCACCUGAAACAGAACAACACUGCCAAGCUGGUCAAGCAGCUCAGCAAGACUGGAGAGACUGAGGAGCUGAGGAAGCUGGCCGCUGGGCUGGUGGAUGGCUGGAUGGCUACCAUCCGCUCCCAGAGUGUCUCUGCCACCUCUCCUGCAGAUAAGAAGCGGAAGAAGGAGGAGGGGAAAGUGCCAGUCCGAGAAGUGAAGGCAGCUGAUGUAGGGAAGGCAGCAGAGGAGGAGAAGAAGCGGGAGAAGGCCAAAGCUCACGCUCCCAGCCAUGCUAAGAUCCGCUCCAUAGGCCUGGAGAUGGAUGCUCCCACCCCUGUCCCAGUCAAGAAGCCCCCUGUGGCCCUCCAGCUGGGGGACAAGUACAACAUCAAACCAGCCCAAGUCCUCAAGAGACCCAGUUUUGGUCCUCUGGACGCUCCCCCUGUGGAGAAGAAGUACAAACCCCUCAACACCACUCCUAACCAGACCAAGGAGAUCAAGGUGAAGAUCAUCCCAGCACAACGUAAGUCCUCAACAGAAACAACCCUUGAGGGUACAGGCUUCCUGGAUGCCCUAAACUCUGCCCCCGUGCCUGGCAUCAAGAUUAAGAAGAAGAAAGGGAAGGAAGGUAGAGACCCCAAAGCUGUCUCUCCCACGUCAAACAAGCCGUGUCCGUUCGAGGGUAAAACCCCCUACCUUUCGCCUCAGGGCGGCGCCAAGCCCUCGUCCCCAGAGACCCAGGUGGCCUCCACCACCCCUCCCCACGAGGUCCCAGUAGACCUGGAGCAGCCCGGCACGCCUGUCCCUGCUGACGACCCCGAGGCCAUGGACACGGGCAGCGAGAAGCCCAACGCCCUGGCUGAGCCCCGCGGCGACGAGGAGAGUCAGCUGACUAAGAAGGGCAAGAAGAAGAAGAGCGUGCGCUGGGCCGAGGAGGAGCAGCUCAAAGAGUACUUCUACUUCGACCUGGACGAGACCGAGAGAGGUGAGAGAACAAAAACUAACGUCAACGUCAACAAGGUCAAAGACUUUGGCGAGGCGGCGAAGCGCGAGAUGAUGAUGGACCGCCACACGUUUGAGAUGGCAAGACGCCUGUCCCACGACUCCAUGGAGGAGCGGGUCCCCUGGAGCCCCCCGAGGCCCCUGGCCCUCACCGGCCCCCUGGUCAACGCCGGGGCCAACAGCACAGAGAGACUCGCACAGAGGGACCGUGAGACUGGCAUCCUGCAGGAGAUUUUCCUCACCAAGGAGAGUGUUCCUGACAGCCCCCAUGAACCAGAGCCUGAGGCCUACGAACCCAUGCCUCCACGCCUCAUACCUCUGGACGAGGACUCAACCAUGAUGGACGACAGCUACAUGGAGCCCAUGGACACGUCGUCCCAGCCUGGCUCUGGCGUGGGCCCCGGGGGUGUGGAGGGCUCCAAGCUGCCGCCCGUCCUCGCCAACCUCAUGGGCAACCUGGGGGCCAACAACCUGUUGGGCAACCUGGGUAACCUAGGCAACAUCGCCCAGGGCACGCCUGGUGCCCCCGCUGCCCCCUCCGUCAAUGUACAGGAGCUUCUCACCUCCAUCAUGGGAGCUAGUGGUGGCCAGUCUACUGAGGACCUGAUCAAGCAGCCAGACUUCUCUGAAAAGAUCAAACAGCUGCUGGGUUCUCUACAGCAGAACCAGGGCCCCCCCACCGGACCCCCACCCGGAGUGAGCCAGGGCCUGUUGGGCCACGGUCCAGGCAUGAACAACAUACCCAACAUGAACAACCUCAACAUGGGCAUGCCCAUGAACGGAGUGGGGUACCCUCCUGCAGGCAAGCCCCCGGGCCCCGGAGGCCCCCACUACAACCACCCCCCGCCCCCACACAACCACGGACCCCCCGGCUUCAACGCCAACCCCCGCAUGAUGGGGCCCCCGCCGACCCAGGGCCACGGAGGAGACAACGGCAACUACUGGGGGGACGACUCGAUGAGGGGGGGGCCACACCGGGGCGGAGGGGGCCACUUCCACCGCGGGGGCCGAGGGAGAGGAGGGGAACAGGUGGGCUUUAGAGGGAGAGGACGAGGGGGUCCUAGAGGAGGACACAACAACAUGGGAGACAUGUCCAAGAGGCCAGUGUGUCGCCACUUCAUGAUGAAAGGAAACUGCCGUUACGAGAGCAACUGUGCUUUCUACCACCCCGGCGUCAACGGUCCUCCCCUGCCCCCCAACCACCCCGCCCACAACCAGUACAACGACCACGGACCGCAGCACGGGCACUAGACCACCCAACACACCACGGACACCAAGACGUGACAAUAUCAUGUUAUCACCACUAGGUGGCAGACCUCUGAAUUCAUGAGCUGCUAGUUUGGUUUCACCGCUGGGACAGAGGGGGCAGAGCGACAGAUAGCCCACCAGGCUAGAAAGACAUGGUGAAAGACAAGCCCAAUAGAUGGUCAGAUGUGAGAGACAGACAAGGCUGUCCUGCUGCCUUAACAAUUGCUCUGCUCUGGUCUGGUGAUUUCAAUGUGAUGCUUCUGCGGGUCUGUAAAGAAGCAGUUCCACUACUGUUCUCCUGUGUGACUGGGACUUUGAUAUGAGGACUCCCCAGUAGCAGAGGAAGAUACUGACUGUACAGGGCAGAACCAGACAUUUCUCUACUUCUUCCUCUCUCCACACACCAACCUAAGAUGUCCGGCAAGAAAUUCUCGACUUCCUACAGUCAUUUGUUUGCCCUGCUCGCUCAAACUCCCUCGAUCAGGGAUAGAAGACAUUGCUUGUACACAAGGAUACACACACACACUCAUGCCCUGGCUUUGUAAAGGUACUGCUAUAGCUGUGAGAUGAUCAUUAAUAUGUUUAUAUAGAUGUUUUAUUGUGAUCAUAUUUAACACUGUUGCUUCAGGUUGAUGAUGUACAGUAACCACACACUAUGACCACUGUGACUAUUAUGGUUGCUGUCUGGCACUCUCCCAUAUAGCCUAUCAGCUAGCCCUGUCUUACGCACUUGUCUCCUACAUCUUUAUCUGAUAUUUCAAUCAGCUCUGAGCUAACAGGUCAGCAAUGAUCAAGAUAGAAAGUCAAUAGAAACAUCUCCAGGAUCUCCCCAGUAUUGAGUCAAACUUCUUUAAGCUAAAUGAUCCUCCCUUUCUUCCAUCAUUCUGCUCUGUAGUUGUGUAGUGUCAUCCCUGCCCUGGGUGUCCCUAUUGGACCACGUUCCUCAGACAGACAGGAUCUGUAGCCAACCUUCAGCUCCAGAAUGAAUCUAAUCCCCGCCCUCCCUCCUGAAUGAAUGUUGCACUGUGUUCAACUGUGGUCCCUCAAGUUUUCAAACUGUAGUCAGACGUGGCCAAAUGACAAUGUUCAGUACACCAUUUUAGAACCUAUUUACGGCCAAGUGCGAUACAUGAAAAACAUGCCACUUUUUCUACCGUAGGAUUUCUACAGAAAACAAGACAAUGAAUGUGAAGUUGACCAAAUAAUGAGAAUAUUGUUUGAUAUUUGCAAAGUUCCCCAUAGGCAAGAGUUAUCAGUUAGGAAGCACUUUAAAAAGAAAUAUGGAGGCCAAAUCCAAGUUGUGUUUUCACCAGACAGCCUGACUGACAGGACCUAACUAACGUCUAAUGUCCCUCCCUCCCAUCACACUGCUUGUGCAAUGUUCUACUACUAUCUAGCUCUGGCUUUAGAAAGGCCUGCCUCCAACAUUUCCCCUCCAGAACAAAUGAAUGAAACAGUAUUGAGAAGAGAACAUUUAACAGAACCGCCCCUAGAUGAAUGGCCUACGCACUGAACGAACGAACGCUGCCUGUAGGCUACGUGUUGUUUUCUACUGGUGGGUAUUAGUGGUCAGCCUAUCACAGGAGAAGGAACAACAGGGAAAAGUGUUGCUUGAUUUGACUGAGCCUUUUUACCAUGAAGAGUACAUUACAGUGAGUGAGGGUUUUCCUAUCUGAAGUUCGGGUCUAAUGGAAGCCUCUGUGUGUGAUUUAUAUUUCAUCAACUCUAUAACAUGUACCACCGAGCAUAUCUUAUCUUUCAUGUGACAAUCAUGAUGGUCAAAUGUCCCCCUGUAUGCCCCGUGGCAGAAACACAGUCCCCUUAUAAGUUUCUUCACACACACAACUGUAUUAGCUUGUAUUGGCUUCAGUUGGGUGACGUGUGUUCGGUCAGUGUUAAAUGUCCAACGGGGUAAAACUAAGGAAUCAUUCUCUGGGUCAACUAAUUCAAAGUGUUUUCUGUGAAAACAGUGGCCUUCAUGUCUCUUGUGGGACUAGAAUUAUGUCAUGUUUUUGGUUGGAUUUAUUGUUUUUAUUUUGAUACGAUACUGAGUUGGAUCUCUCCAAAAUGAGGUCCAUGUUUUUUGGUUAGAAAUGUAUGUGUCUGUGAAUGCAUACACGCAUUCAUUCACAUAUAUACAUAUUAUGAGUAUUUUGUACAUGUAUUAAUAAAUGUCCUAAAAUGAA